AUGUUUGCACGUUCUUUACUCCGUCCUUUAGCCUCCACUUUGCGCCCAGCACUUUCCAUGCGCCGUUUCCUCUCAGAUGAAACAAGAAAGGCCAUUGAAGAAGCUGUCCAUUCUGCUCCGGUUGUUCUAUUUAUGAAGGGCACACCAGGUGCACCAGCUUGUGGGUUCUCGAGGGCUACAAUCCAGCUACUUGGUCAGCAGGGCGUUGAUCCAGCCAAGUUUGCCGCUUAUAACGUCUUGGAAGACGACGAAUUACGUCAAGGUAUCAAGGAGUACUCGGAAUGGCCAACAAUUCCCCAGCUCUAUGUGAACAACGAGUUUGUUGGCGGCUGUGAUAUCAUUACAAACAUGUCUCAAACUGGUGAGCUUGCCGAAUUGCUUGACGAGGCAAAUGCCCUUAUACCUUUGGAAGAGUAA